UUCUGAAGUCUCUAUGCAUUGCCUAGCUGCAGGAAGACUCCCUGAGCUUGGAGAUGCAUGAGGGAGCAGCAGGCUCUCUCCUAGACCAUCUGGGGAGUUCUGCCUGUGCCCGUGGGAGACCAAAAGUGGCGGUUGCAGAUCGGCUCUGAGAUCAUCAGCAGCGCGAUGCGUUGCGAAUGUCGGCAUGCGUCGGGCACGUGCAAGUUCAAAAAACACACUGGGGAUUUGUGCAGCGAGGGGCAGGACCGUGCCCUCAUUUGGACGUGUGCCUACCCAGCAGCCGGGCUCUGGGGCAAUGAAUAGUGCUGUGGGCAGUGGAUGCUGCAACUGCACCAAAUCACCGUUAAGGUUCUCAUUCAACUAGCAUUUAAGGCUGGAGGGGUUUGCUGUGAGUUGUGCUGCUGUUUUUAGACUUUGCCUUCCUGGCUUGCCUCCAAGGUUCGUAGUGGGCUGUGCGCUCUCUGGUGCGUAACUCCCCCCCGACUUCCCCUCUGCUUUGUCUGCUGUGCUCCAGCCCUCGCCCCGGAGCGGUGCUCCCUGCACUUCCUCUGCCGUGCUGCGGUGAGCUCCGUAACCCAUCCCACGUGAGCCCUCAGCAGGAACCAGCCCUUGUCCAGACAGCAGUGCAACAAGGCUGCCCGGGGCUGAGCCGUGAGCGCUUGAGCAGGAAUCAUUGCAACCUGAAACAGAAGGCUUACUGCUGGUUAGAUGCCCAAAAGGGAGAGCACAACUCUGGCUGAACUGAUGCAUCUCGGCACCUGAUACAGGUGCAGCUUCUGACAUGAAGAAAGAUAUAGACACUUUAAUAACCCAGGAAAAAGCGGAGAUCAUUGCCAAGUAUGAAAAGGGCAGGCAGGAGGGAGCCACGAUUGACCCGUGGGAAGAUGCUGAUUUCACGCUGUACAAAGUUACUGACCGCUUUGGGUUUCUGCAUGAGCAGGAGCUGCCAACCCGCACCGCCUUGGAAGAGAAGCAAAAGCAGCAGGAAAUUGAACGUGUGGACAAGUGGCUGAAGAUGCUGAAGAAAUGGAGCAAAUACAGGAACAGUGACAAGAUGUGUCGGCGAGUGUACAAAGGCAUUCCGCUCCAGGUGCGAGGCCAGGUCUGGUCACUGCUGCUGGACGUUGAGAAGAUGAAGAAGGAGAAUGAAGGAAAGUAUGAGCAAAUGAAACAACAGGCAAAGAGCUGGUCCUCAGAAAUCAAGCAGAUAGAUCUGGAUGUUAACCGCACCUUCCGAAACCACAUCAUGUUUCGGGAUCGCUAUGGUGUGAAGCAACAGGCAUUGUUCCACGUCCUGUCGGCAUACUCAGUGUACAACACUGAGGUGAGCUACUGCCAGGGGAUGAGUCAGAUCGCAGCCAUCCUGCUGAUGUACUUGAAUGAAGAAGAUGCAUUUUGGGCACUGGCACAGCUUCUGACCAACCAGAAGCAUGCGAUGCAUGGUUUCUUUAUUCCCGGGUUCCCAAAGCUGCAGAGAUUUCAAGCUCAUCACGAGCAGAUUUUAAGCAAACUCUUUCCGAAACUGAAGAAGCACAUGGACAAGGAGCAGAUGACGACAGGGAUUUACACCACCAAGUGGUUCCUGCAGUGCUUCAUUGACCGGACACCUUUCACCCUCACCUUGCGGCUGUGGGACAUCUACAUCCUGGAGGGAGAGCGGGUCCUGACAGCCAUGGCUUACACCAUUCUCAAGCUGCACAAAAAGCGCUUGCUGAAGAUGACGCUGGAAGAUCUGCGGGAAUUUCUGCAGGAGAAAAUUGCUGCGUCGCUGCAGUAUGAGGAUGACGCUGUCAUAGACCAGCUGCAGGUGUCCAUGAGUGAGCUGCGCAAGAUGAAGUUUGACCUCCCCCCCCCUGCCAAGCCUGACGAGUUCCCUCGCAGACCCCUGGGCCUGGAGCUCUCCCUCAACCCUCUGGACAUGAAGGCCAGUGCGGCAGCCAAUGGCCAGAAUGGGCUGCUGGGUGAGCACCCCUGUGACAGGGGCACCGCACAGCCUCCCAGCCACCAGGGGACGGCCGUCAGGACUCCCGAUGUGCCAAGCAGCCAGGCCCAUGAAGCAGCUGACAGCCAUCCACAUCUCCCGUACAGCGAGGGGCAGCCGACAGAGGAUGUGGCACAGUGGCAAUCUCCAAAGCCGAGCGAGAUGCAAGCCUUCCCCACCAGCCUGGAGGAUGCUGUGAGGAGUGGGGAAUCCACCCUGCACACUGGACAUGGGGUUGAGCACGAGGAGCAUCGUGAGCUGCACCACGAGUCGCCCAGCUUCACUCCCUCCCUGUGCAGCUCCGUGGGCUCCUUCCACCCUGCGUCGAACGCUCCUGUGGACACACCAGCUGGGGAGGCCCAGCCGCCUGAGCGGCAUUCCAGCAUGGACCACACGGCAGAUCCUGCUGCUUGUGGGCCACCUGAGGAACAACAAGCAUCCUCCCUGCGUGGGGAGGAGGCCACAGCACUGCAGAGGGACAUCCCUGAGGAUAUGGGCGAGACGCAACAUGGAGUGAUACUGAUGAAUGGAAUGGACUCAAAGGCCUCACUGCCCAAGUCGGCGUCCACGGGUGAGCUUGGUGGCCUGCAGCAGGGCACAGAGAUGGCGCUUGAGCGAGGCUUCGCUGCCCUAGGCUCGCUUGCCCCGGGCAGGCCAUCGGGCAGCAGCACGCCUGUUCUGUCAGAGAGCGUGUCACUGGCCAGGGGGAACAGCCUCCAUACCGUGGUGAAAACCACCACCCGCCUGCAUGUGGCGCAUGUGACUGAGCAGGACUUGGCAAACAGAAGGCAGGUGGCACUGCCCUGGCCAGAGGCCGCCCAUCCCCUGGCUGCCAGCUCCCUGCUGCCUUCUGCCAGGUCAGACAUGGGGGCGGUCCAGCAAGGCACCCAGAAACCGCCGAAUGCACUGAAAGCACCGCGCCCACCCCUGAGCCCCAAACCAAAACUUCCCCCACAGGUUUCCAAAUCCCUGUCGGAGAACAGCUUCAGCCCAGACUCUCAUCCCGCUGCACGGCUGCCCAAGUCGGUGACAUUUUAGUGGGGUGUGGGACUGAGCUGGGGGCCGGAGUGGCACCAGCCCCACGAUGCCCUCAAAUCGGCUGUGCCUGCCUGUGGUGUCCCAUAGAGCUGUGCUUUGGUACGAGAGCCAGGGCUGCAGAGCCCAGAGCCACCAGCAACCUCCGCUUUGGUUUGCAUCCAUGGUUUCCUUUCUAUGGACAGAAGUGCUUGUGUUUGGGUUCAUUUGGGGAGAGCAGCAGAGCUGGUUAAUGUGUGCUCUUCGCUGCCUGCCCCCUCGCAGCAUGGAGCUCCAAGGCUCAGGGUGGGUGCAGUGAUGGACAUAAGGCAGUGGAGUACAAAAUACUUAGCAGGAGGCUUUCCUUCCUCUGUAGCAGUAGGCCUUUAUUUCUUUUUCCAGACCUGCAGGAAGCAGCAGCCCUUCAGAUGGGGCUGGAGCAUGCCAGUAGGCAAGCACCACUGCCCAGCAGUCUAUGCAAGUCCCUUCCUCCUGGUAGUCCCUUUCCGUGCCCCUGGCUGCACUCCCAGAGAGGAGGUGUUAGCAGCUGGUGGUGGUGAGCUCUGGCUGUGACCCCAGCAGAGGACCCUUCAUGUUCUCCAGGUGAUGAGGAUGGUGGUGAAAGUUGAGCCUGGGUUGCAGGUCCAGAGCAGCAAGCAGGCUUGCUGCCUUAAACUGACCGAAGGGGAGAAUUGGCUGCUGCCCUGGUGAGCCUGAGGGCACCGUUUAGCUGCAGUGCAAACCCCCAUCACGCACCUUGCCUUUGCCCAUGAGCUGCUGGAGGUGUGUGUUCAUGUCUCAUUGUGGUGCCCAGGUUGAAGCCUGCUUGUGCCUGAACAAGUAAAAUUUCAGGGUGGAGACACCACAGAAGCUAGGAAGAGGGAGCACACGGCCCCCAAUUUUUCUUUGUCCUAGUUUAACCCAGCCAGAAAUCAGCAACCAAGAAAGGAAACCUGGGAACGGAGGUUUGGAAGUUGAUGCCCUAAUGCAUCGCCACAGGACAGAUGCCCCUGCAUCUAUGUGCAGUGGAGAGCCCUACAGUCCUGUCCUUUUCCCACUUUCCUUGGGACCACGUGGGAUCCAAGCCAAUCCCUGCCUUCAGCACUUCUUUUUCAAGCAGCACUGUGUCCCCAGGAUGUCACCACCUGACUGGAGGUGCACAGGGAGCAGGGCAGCUCACCCCACUGAAAGAACCGAGCCAAACCCAUGUGCCCAGCACACAGCAGCUCGUUGUGAAGGGAUUUCAGCAAGAAGGGGAGCAGCAGGAAAUGAGCUCCAGGCCAGACGAGUGGUAUGUGACAGUGCUUUGUGGCAGAGGGGAUGGGGAUGUCACCUUUUGGACAGCGGGUGAGACCACUGCCUGUCCCUCCAAUGGCAGACAUGGGCCAAAGCUCCUCUAAGAUCUAAAGGAGACUUUUGAAACCUAGUUUUCAUCUCUCAUUUUCAUCUCUCAGGCUGCUGCACCAUAGCAAAGCCUACCCAGAGACUAGGAGAAAACAUCCACUGAGUCCCUUUGGGUAUUUACCAGGUUGUGCAUGUGCUUUGUGCACGUUGUCAGUAGAGCUGUGGAAGGAGCCUGCUGCUGCUUCUGCAGCCCUGCUCUGCUCCAGACCUUGUUCCCUGCCCAUCUGUGCAGUUGCAGGGCUGACCUCACAGCUACUCUGCCAAGUGCUGCCAGGGGCACGCAGUGCUGUUGGUGAAGCACUUAGAAGUGCUGUAUGGAUGCUCAGUAGUUGUGUUUUAACACACCAUGGGGAAGAGGUGGUUAGGAGGUUAAGGCAAAAGUGCUUCAAUUGGUUUGAUUGGUGUGUUCAUCAGUAAUCGUGCAGCGGUGAAAGCUGUUAGUGUGCUACAGUACCUGGGCAGUAUAUCAGGACAGGCAGCAAUUGCCUUCCAUAGCAGCUAUAUCCUGCCUGGACAGGGGCUAGAAGUGCCCCAGGGGCUGCCGAGAGCCAGCAGCACGCACUGCUCUCUGGGUGCUGCCUCCCUUCCAGCUGCUCUCGCUCCAGUGUGUGUCCCAGUGCCGUCCUCACCCGCUCCAUCCCAUAGCAAAGCCAUUGUGACUGUGAGCAAACUCAGGAAGGAGCUCCCAGCUCCUGGCCCUGCCGAGCUGCCCCGCUGCAGGCUGUGCUGUUCCCUGGCCCAGUGCGUGGCGCAGGUGCGGUGUGGGCAGCAGCAGAGCUGCAGGGCCCAGUGCCAGGGACAGACCUGGUUCCCUGUCCUCACACCACAGCCGUGCGGGGCCCAGCGCUGGAGGCCGGGGCUCGGCCGUGCACUUUGACAGCCCUGCUACCGUUGGCUUUUGUUUUACUUGCUAUUCUUGUUUACAGCGUGGAACGCUUCCUCCGUGACUCUUUCUAAUGUAUUAUAAUUAUUACUUUAAAAAAUAUAUCGAUGUCUGUGGUUGGUUUUU